AUGGCCAGUCUACCCAAUCCACCACCUGAACACCAGCAGCAGCCUGUGACCAAACUCCCUGCAUCGUCCACGUUCUCUUUCAAGGCCCCCUUUCCCGCUUCUUCUUCCUCUUCCUCAUCUACACCCGCGUCUCCUUUGAAACACAGGCGGGUCUCGUUGGCAUUGCCGUCUUCACCGAGAGUGGUGCAAGCAUGGAGUUUUAGGGACGAUACGGGGAUUGACUCGAGUAGUGGUGGUGGCAGUAACCUCGCACUACCCGAGAAGAAGGGCAAGAUGCGUAAGAUUGCACCGACAGCUGAGGACGAGGAUCCAACGACCUUUCAGGAGAAGAAGCCGAGGAAGAAGUGGUCCGCUGAGGAGACGCAGAUGUUGGUCGAUGGUUGUAAUCGGCAUGGAGUUGGGAACUGGAAGACUAUUCUAAGCGACCCUACCCUCAAAUUUGAUAGCCGUUCCCCCGUCGAUCUCAAAGACCGAUUCCGCACCUACUUUCCAGACGCUUACAAACAACACUACCCCAACGCCCGCACCCACCUCUCCUCAAAAGUCCGUUCAACCCUCCCGGACGGCUCCCCCUUAUUCGAAAAAACACGCAGUAAACGGCGUAGGCCAUUCACUGAAGAGGAGGAUCGCGCACUUAAAGCCGGAUAUGAGAAGCAUGGGACUGUGUGGGCUACGAUCGUCAAGGACCCUGUGUUCCAGGACCAGAACAGGCGUUCGACGGAUUUGAGGGAUCGGUUCCGGAAUGCGUUUCCUGAGCUGUAUCAGUUGGCGGGGUAUAAGCCUCGUACGGCCGCGAAGAAGAAAAACGGUAGCACCCUUUUGGGGGAUUGCAUUGGGAUGGGACAAAAGGUGCCCAUGAGGGCUGCGACGGACGAUCAGUUGGUCAUGUCCACGACUGGACCUGUUCGGAGCCGGAGACGCGCACAUACGAGCCAGGGGUUGUUGAGAGGGGGAACGAAGAGUGUUCCGCAGAGUACGGCUGUUUCUGAGGAUGAAGAUAGUUCGGGCGGGGAGGACGAGAGUGAAGCAUCCCCUGCGUUCAAGCAGCCCCAGAUCCCUGUGUUCGUGGACAAUGUGUCGACUGUGUCUCUGAGGACGAAGAAGCAGCCUCCGUCGGUGGUGGACGUGUUCACGCUGGACGACGACGACGAGAUGGAGAUGGUCACGAUUGAUUCGUUGUCUGACCCGCUUACGAUCCCUGACUUUCUGCCUAAUCAAACGCAUUCGGAGAUGGAGACGCAGUCUCAGCAGCCGUGGUCCUCUGGCAUCAACACGCCAACGCACUCGCACAAUGCGUGGUCGACUACGGCUGGCUCGCCUACCUCCAGCCACAUCUCAGCCGACUUUCUCAUGAAUCAAAACCAAAACACCACCUCGUCCCAUUCAUCUCCUUUCCUCCACCAACGCUCCUCAGGUAAUGGUAACGGCAACAACCUCGGCAUGAUUGGAAAAUCAGCAUGGGGGAACGAUUGGUUUUCACCCAAUCCAAGACUGGACCCAUCUGCAUCUGCUUCAGACGUCCUAUCGCCCGCGUCCCCCUUUUCCUUCAGCCACCACCUCAACCAUGGGGUAUUGGACCGCUACGACUUAUUCCCCGCCUCAAUGCCUCAUGACUUUUCGUCGGAAGUGGGUGUGGGAGACUCGCAUUCUACGUUUUCGGACGAGAUGUUUCCGCCGAAUGGGUUCAGGGGGUUUACGCAUCAUUCGAAUUAUGCGGGGGAUCUUAUUUUUGGUGCGAGGACUCAUCACCACCAGCCUCAGUCGUCGAGUUAUUAUUCGGCUGGGUUUGGGUUUGGGCUUGGGUUUGGUGGUGGGUUGGGGUUGUCGGGGAUGGGGCAGACGGCGGGUAUACACCCAAUGCAACUUCAUACGCCUGCGUUGCCUGGGAUAGAUGAGAUUGAGCUGACGGGUAUAACGUUAGACGACCAUGCGGAUCCACUAGGUGUGCCUCUGCCACCUGACGCGAUGGACGAUGACGAGCUGGACGUUUCUGGCUUGUCGUCGUUGUCUUCUUCUCAUUCUGGACUAUCUUCGUCGCUUUCUUCUCAGUCCGUUCCACACACCCAACAACAAAAAGAGGAACCGCAAGAGCCGAUUGACAGACUUUGUUUGGACGAUAUCGUCGAUUUCUCACAAGAGCUGCAUUUAACGCCGCCUGCUACGCCGUUGAACCACCCUCGACCGAUGAGACGUUCCUCCGGGUCGGUGUUGCAGCACUAUUCGUCAACGGGUAAUGGGGGUGCCCCGCAUACUAGGUCUAUCUCUGUUCCUCCUUCCGAAGCUAGAGGUGCGAAUGGGAAUGGGAAUGGAAGAUGGAGGAUCUCCCCAAAUGGACAACCGGAAUCGUCUUUGGGAGGGGGGUCGGUCUCUAUGAGUGAGCUGUCCCCCUUUUUCAGCUCACCUACGCCGAGCAGUACGGGUAGUGCACGGAGUGGUGGUGGACUACGUGCGCCGUUGUUGCCGUUGCCGGAUUUCAGACCGCUUACGCCUACGAAUACGAAUACUCAACACUCGCAGAAUUCGCUUUUGUCUACGAACGCGAGUUCGUCCCCCCCUCCUUCCAUGUCAAUGCACGAUUCUUGGCGAACCAACAUGUUCGCAAACGGGAAUACUCUGGACAUGUACGACCUCCCCUUCCUCGACUUACACUACUACGGAGGCUCCAUGGGCAACAACAACGGGAACGGGAACACGUUUGGCUUUAGCGGUUUGACGGCAGCUGCUGGAAUGGAUGUUGCGGGUGAUAGUAGACAAGGACAGGCGCUUGAUUUGGCGCAGGCUGCUGUGUCCAAGUCUACGAAGCAACAACACGUUUCUGACCCUCCUCUGACGACGGCGACGACGACCAAGGAUUCAGUGCCGACGACGGCGCCGAAACAGCAGGGAAGGUCGAUGAGUCAUCAUAGGGGCCAGAGUGCGGUUUGUCCCCAGGAUUUGAUGCUCCGGAAUGAUAAUAAGCGGAAGAGGGCGAGUUGGGAUGGGGGUCAUGGGUAG